AAUGUAGAUAAUGAAUUGGUCUCUUCAGACGGCGAAUAUCGAUUCCAGUUUUUAACUCUCGACUCAAAGAUGUCUCGCAAUUUGAUCGAAUGGCGAGCUGAAAUCAGCUGAUAAAAAGUUCAACUAAUGGCAGCAGAAAUACCGAAUUAAUUGCGACUGCAGAGCAGAUUAUGUUCUUAAAACGUAGAAAUUUUUGACUAGGAUGUCAGUUGAAAUAGAUCAAAACCGUCUUGAGGUUUCAGCUGUUUGAUUCAUAUUUAAUGACGUCAUCGAUACCAGUGAUUUCCAACGGAGAAGAGCAACAGCACAAUUCAUUCUCGACUGCAGUACCUGUCCCUGGAUCAGGCGGGAGGAUGGCAGCCUCGUCAUCCAUGAACAGUUUCUGUCUUCCAGCUUCGCCUCUCCUCAAAACAAAGAAUUCCUCUCAUCACCAUCGCUCCAAUGAACACCACUCGCCUGGACUGCUCAAUGGGAAGUCUGGAACAAGGAACCCGGCCGGACUCACGCUCCAGUUCCCUCCCUCCUCGCCCCUCAGCACUUCUCCCAGAUCCCCAAAGCUGCCUCCCAAGUCACCCAGAACAGUCCCCAAGUCUAUUCUCAAUUUAACCCCAAAAAGCAACUCUACAGGCACUGGCCCCAAUAGCAUCAUGAUGUCCAAACACAGGAAAGAAGGGAUGAUACUGAGCUUCAAUGACUCAUCCCGAUCUCACAAUGGCACUCCGUUACACAGAGUCAGCAGACCGACUGUGCUGAGUGACUCAUCCUCAUCAAUCAUCCACUCUUCAAUCGACAGGGGUCUCCAUUUUAGUUCUAGUGGAGACCACGCCAGUCAUAGUGGUUCUAGUAUGCAACACCAUCCGGACCAACCAUCUCAGGCACAGUUUGACAGAUACAUGCGAGAUCAAAUGAGUCAACAUCAGCGUGAACAGGAGCUGAACAUCAAGAGACGGCAAGAGCAAUACCGACAUGACAGUCAUGUGCGCUACUCGGAAUCUUCUAGGAGAAGGGCUAAGUCUGUGGAGGCCAUAAGACUAUUAGAGAGGGCUUCACUUAGUAAAGACACUCAACCGCAACAGUUAGUUAGAAAGGGACUGUUAAUUAAGACAGAGCCGAACUCAAACAAUAAUCAUCAUAAUGAAAGCGAAAGGAUGCCCACGAGUCACGAGAGGCAAGCAGCAGCUAAUCAUGCUCAGAGUUCGACCACCUGCAAUCAUAACAGCAGCCACUCUUCGGCCAGAGGAGGUGGACUGAGACACCAGGGCUCCACCUGUUCCACUGCCUCCGGCUGUUCCUCAUCCUCAUGCUGUUCUGGCACUACCAACACCACCACGGCCAGUGGUCACAACAACAAUUGCAGCCACAACUGCAAGAGAGUGACUUCACUGAACGGACCUUCACGAGGCAACUCACAGGAUGAUUCUGACAUGUACAAUGGUCAGACGCAGAGUGGAGUGCUGAAUGUGCUCAAGAUCAAUGGAAACAGAUACAACAACAUCACAAACAAAGAUAUUCUGUUCAAACAGCAAAUAGGCUCAGGAGUGUGUGGUACAGUGUGGAAGUGUGAGCACAAGGGGACAGGGGUGCGGAUGGCAGUGAAGGUGAUGACAGUGACUGGGAACAGACAGUCGGACCAGCAGAUGUUUAGAGACAUCCAGGUCAACAACCUUCAACACACAUGUCCCUACAUAGUCACCAGUUUCGGAUGUGUUCUUACUGAGCAGAGCAUCUAUAUCUGCAUGGAACAGAUGGAGACGUGUCUCGAGAAGUUGCUGAAGGAGAGGAAUGCGCAGUUUGAGGAACACAUUCUGGCCAGACUGGCCUACUGCACUUUGCAUGCUCUGGACUACCUCAAGACCCAGCAGAACCUCAUGCACAGAGACAUCAAGCCAUCCAACAUACUCGUGAGUGAGAGCGGGGUGUUCAAGUUGUGUGACUUCGGCAUCUGUGGCAAACUGGUCAACUCCAACGCCUCUACUCGUUCAGUGGGCUGUGUGGCUUAUUUGGCCCCUGAAAGAGUGGACCCCUCGGCCACUUAUGACGUCAGAGCAGAUGUAUGGGCACUCGGUAUCACCAUCAUGGAGCUUGCAUUGCAAAAAUAUCCCUACUACAAAUUUGACUCCUGCGCUAGUGAGUUCGAAGUGCUAGUCAUGAUCAAGGAUGAUCCCGCCCCUCGCCUGCCCCCAGCGCCAUUCUCGGAACAGGUGCGCAGCUUCACUGAGUUGUGCGUGCAGAAGAAACGAGAAAACAGACCAAAGCACAGAGAACUGCUCAAACACCCAUUCAUCAUGCACAAGGGACAGUUUACAAGUGACCAUGACGUGGUCAAUUGGCUGAGAAAGUACCAGAAGAACAGUGUCACGAAGGAUGGAAAUAACCAUGAAUCGUGAAACUGAGCCCUAAAGAAUGCUCCAAUGAAUAUAUUUGAAAAAAUAAACUGAACAGGAAGAUAUAUGAAAGGAGCGAAAUCUAUAAGUUGAAAUAAAUGUAUGAAGCGAUAAAAUGGAAAAGCGAAAUAAUAGUCUGAUUUUAAUUGUAACAUUGUCCAUUUUUGAAAAUUGCCAGUGUUGAGCAUACGGUGUCGAGCAUAUUAGCUGAACUCUUUUAGUUUCGUAUUUUGAUUUCAGUUUCAUUUCCUGUUGAAUCUACUGUGAAUUGUUCAUCGAAAUCUCUGAUAUUAGCUCUUCUAGUACAUAUUGAAGUUGUGACGCGACCAUGUACAGAUAUAAUUCAAAGUCAAAUGAUGAUGCAUAUGAUAUUUCCAAGUCAAAUAACGAAUGCAUUAAAAAUAUUACCGAAGCCAAAUUCUGGGAAAAUUAGUAUUUAUGAAAAAUUUAAUUAGCAUGUUUUAAAUUAACAAAUUUACUUGAA